CCCUGGGGCGUGCGCCGCGUCCUCGGCGACCCGGCCACCAGGGCCUUCUGGCGCGCCGCCUCCCUCGCCCGCUUCGCGCUCUCGCACACCGUCCGUCGCGGGGACACCGUCCCCGGCGUCGCGCUCAAGUACUCCGUCCAGGUGACCGAUAUCAAACGGUUCAACAACAUGAUGAGUGACCACGGUAUCUACUCGAGGGAGAGGCUUCUAAUACCAAUCAGUGAUCCAGAAAUCCUUCUGGGGAGCACAUGCUACAUUGAGAUGGAUCACAACUCAAAGAGAGAGGUCGCGGUCUUUUAUCCCGAGGGCCACCCGAAUAGAAACGCAGAAUCCGUGGCAAACGCUGCAGCUGCAAAAAGGCAAAGCAAACGGAUUCUCGAGUCGGUGAGGCGAAGCUUGCAUGUGGAUGACGGAACUGCCGAGUACUACCUGUCCGUCACAGGUGGCGAUCCGAGAGCUGCUAUGAUGGAGUUCUCGGAGGACCUUAGGUGGGAGCAGCGACAAGCGGGCCAUUAGAUGCAGGCCAGUGGGAAGUAUAUACAAGGGUAUUGGUGUAUAGGUGAGUAUACAUAUCAUUUGAUGAUCUCUACGUACUUGUCUGCUUGAACCAUUACUGGGUUGCCCCUCUCCCAUGUGUAAUAUAGUAAUGUGGAACUGUGGACCUGUGUAAGGUGAACUUGAAAGAUGAUAAUUGUAGCAAGUACUGUAUAGCAUUUGCACUUGAAAAGGAACAUUCAUCAGCUCGAA